AUGGAGUUCCCGGAGCACGGCGCGCGGCUGCUGGGCCGCCUGCGGCAGCAGCGCCAGCACGGCUUCCUGUGCGACUGCACGGUGCUGGUGGGCGCCGCGCGCUUCCCGGCCCACCGCGCAGUGCUGGCCGCGUGCAGCGUCUCCUUCCAUCUCUUCUACAGGGACCGGCCUGCGGGCAGCCGCGACGCGGUGCGGCUCAACGGCGACGUGGUCACGGCGCCCGCCUUCGGCCGCCUGCUGGACUUCAUGUACGAGGGCCGCCUGGACCUGCGCAGCCUGCCGGUGGAGGACGUCCUGGCCGCCGCCGGCUACCUGCACAUGCACGACGUCGUCGAGGUCUGCAAGGGCAGGCUCAGGGACGAGGGCCGCGCGCUGCACCGGGGGACCCCCGCCGCCCCGGCCGAGCCGCCAGGCCAGCCCCCGCGCCCCCAGCCCACCCGGGCCCCGGAGCUCUGCCCGGCCGCGCAGAAGGCCAGGCCGCCCCGGGCUGGGGUCGGCGCCCUCCCUCCGCGAGCACCCGGGCGCCCGCCCUGGCAGGCCCCCGGGGACUCAGACCGGGCCCUGGACCUGUCACUGAAGCCGAGCCCCAGGCGGGAGCCAGUCCCUCCACCCUGUGUCCUUCAGACACCGCCCUGCAGCCAGAUGCAACACUGCGUGCAGCGACUAGUGAGGGACUCGCGGGACUCGCUGUCGGAACCGGAGGACGGCAGCGGCCCUCGCAGCCCCCACGGCCCCCCGCAGCCCCGCUGUGCUCCUGCGGCCAAGCGCCGGGCCGUGGGCGUGGAGCCGCUGCGGGGGGGCGGGGCGGGCGGCGGGGAGCGGGAGCUGGAUGCAGAGCGGGGGGCCGGCGGGCACCUCUGCGUCUGCCCGCUGUGCAGCAAGCUGUUCCCCAGCGCCCACGUGCUGCAGCUGCACCUCGGUGCCCACUUCCGCGAGCGGGACGGCGCCCGGGCGCGCCUGUCGCCCGACGGCCCAGUGCCCACCUGCCCGCUGUGCGGGAAGACCUUCUCCUGCACGUACACGCUCAAGAGGCACGAGCGCACGCACUCGGGCGAGAAGCCCUACACGUGCGCGCAGUGCGGUAAGAGCUUCCAGUACUCGCACAACCUGAGCCGCCACGCCGUGGUGCACACGCGCGAGAAGCCGCACGCCUGCCGCUGGUGCGAGCGCCGCUUCACGCAGUCCGGGGACCUCUACCGCCACAUCCGAAAAUUCCACUGUGGCCUGGUCAAGUCCCUGCUGGUGUGACCCGUCCCUGUGCGGCGUGGGAGGACGGGGAGGGACCUCCCAGGUGGGCCGCUGGGAUGCAGCAGGAGGGAUGGGAGCUGGUGGGGGGUGGGGGGCAGCCUGGUGCCGCAGCUCCCAGCAGAAAGGCCACUGCUGCCCCUGGACCACAGGCUCAGGCUCGGGGUGACUUGGCCUGGCUUGGGCCGCCCUCUUCCACGCUUUGCUCCCCCCCCCCCAACUGAUUCCUGCCCCCAGCUGUGCCCUGGCUUUGAACUCUGUCUUCCUCUCCAUCCCCUGUGUCAGCUCCAGGGGGUGUACCAAGGGCCCUGUCCCAAGGGCUCCCGCCCAGCCUCCUUGGCCUGAGGACGUUCUGCAGUCCUCUCAGCGGGGGCUUUCCUGACCCUCACUGACUCACGCGGGCAUACCCUGGUGAGCCUGGCCCCAGGCUUGGUAGAGAAUGAACACACCACAGAAGUUGUCAGCGUGUCCCGAAAACGGCACUUGGAUGGAACAGGCUCCUCCUGGUGGGUGGCCUCAGGAGCCUCCGCGGGAGGCCCUGGGCCCAGGGCGUGCAGGCAGGGGACUCGGGGCACAGCUGGUGUGGCGGGGCUGCAGAAGCAGAACCAGCCAGACGCUGAGGGGCUCUUGAGUUCCAGGUGCUGGGGUGGGAGGUGGGUCCUCCAGAGCUUCUGAUCCUGACCACACUGUAACUCGGUCGGAGAGAGGGAGUCACAAUUUGGAUAUGAUUCUCUUUAGAUGCAGAGAGCCUCCCCGAGGUUGCCGGCUAUCUGCCCGCGGGCGAGGGCCGUGCUGCUUCCCUGCCUGGGCCCGGGGUCCAGGGCGCCUCUGAGCAUCCCCUGGGUGGGGCCCGGAGGGGCCUUGAGUAUCGCCAGCUGCUACCGGGCUGCUGUGGG